AUGACGGAGUUGAUUGAUAAACCGAAUUACGUACUCACCGGAAUGUAUGUGCCAGGAACCAACGGAGAAAUCGCGUCGAGAGAGGAAAUGGCAAAAAUAGAUAAGAUUUUGCGGUAUGUUCUUCAAUGCAUUGACAAGUUUGUGGAGGAGUACGACCACCAGGUGCAGCAUUCCCAACUUCAGUACAGGAGCGUGCAACUGCAAAAGGAGGAGAAGUGGGUUCAUUAUUCGAAAUGUUUCGAUCACAAGGCUCUUUUCAGUGUGGAGGCUGAUGGUGCGAAGUUUGUGAUCCAGGUCGAAAACUUCAACGAUUUCCAAUUGAGAGCUCAUGCGGUCAGAAACCGUGCACAAAUUCGAAUUCCAAUAUCGGAACUAGCCAUUCUACCGGAUGAGAUGGUUGUUGCGAAUAUGUCGGAGUAUGCGAGGGAUAAAUACGAGUGGUUUUUGAAUCACUUCUUCCACGAGUUUUUUCACAUGCUCGGAGCCUAUCAUGCUGACACUGGAAUCAUGUCUGGAGUGAUCACCCUCUUCAACAACAACAACAACACACUCCGUCUAGUUGACCUUCUGGACGACAUUUCAGCUAGGAUUCUGUCGGAAUCGUUGUCCAACAAGAUUACUGCAAUCCCACCAGAAGUCGUCUGCACGAUGAAGGACAACAAAUUGGAUCUUUGGACAAACUACUCCAUUCACACGAUUGUGGUCCUUAGCCAUUUUACCAUCCCCCAACACUUGCAAUGGGACGCUGUGGUUGUUCAAUUGGUGUACGGAGGAGCCGCAUACUUUGACAGGAACUCACUCCGUGCUGAGCCCACAAAGCCGGACCGCAUUCGUUGCCGCUUGCCGAUGGUCAAAAUUUGA